ACAGGAAGACUCUUCUUACUUUCAUCUUCCAUAUUGGAAAUUAUGUUGACCGCAAGGAGUCAUGGAUUUAUCUAGGGUUUCAGAUGUUCAGGUUAUCUCUUCUUCUUCGGGCACCUGACAACGGAAAUGGAAAAACCGCCAUAUUGAAACUAAUGUAAUCAAUCAGAAUGGCAGAGCCACAAGAAAUAAAGGUGGAAACUGGAACAAACAACUUUACUUUGAAAGGAAGGCCAUGUGAGCUCUCGUCAUUUUCCUUCAUUCCGACAGAAAGAGACGAUCCCCCAGAAAGAACCGUAUUCAAUACUCCUAAACAGUUGGUUAUCAAACGGCGUGAGAAGGAUCGAUAUCCAAGAUCAACUUAUGAGAGACUAUUUAGGAAGGAAUACGGCUAUAAUAACAAACUUCACCGCGAUGACAGGGAACAUGCCAAGUCUCGGGGCUUAGUAGUAAAUCAAGAGGAGAAGGGUAAGGAGGUUCCCACACUGUCUUCCUCAGAGUAUGGACAUCGACUCGACUUGUUUGUUGACAAUCCUGACCGCCAACACGUCCGCAUUGCUCACGUUAGGGCCGAGUUCUUCAGAAGAAAUGGAAUUACUUCUUGAUUGACAUAUUUUUUUUCCAGCUAUGUAUCUAUACCAAUCUUUUGGGAAAAAAUAUUUCAUAAACUGUUCACUGUUUAAGUUCUGUUAAAAUUACGUCCAGGUCAUUAAAGGUGUAAAGAAUACCUGAGUGUUAAUUGUGUGUUAUCAAUAUACCGGUAUUAAAUGAGAUGGUGGAAAAUUUUAGUCUUUGAGACAUGUUUUGUUUUCAAUAUAUUUGUCCAUGUGCAAUUAUACUGAUGUCACUGUUUGCAUUUUUUAAAUAUGAGCUGGUAACUGUGAUAAAAUGUUGCAUUUUGUGUUCACUUGUGUACAUGUACCAUAAAUUAAAUAAGUUUCCAGGUUA